CAUUCCAGCCACACUGGCCCCCCUGCUGAUCCUCGGAGGCGUCAGGUGGUCUCCUGCUAGGAGCAUUUGCUCCAGCAGUUUCCUCUGCCUGGAACACUUUCCACAGCGCUGGAUUACAACUGUUGGUCUCCCUGCCUCCCUUCCCCUGCUUCCCAGAGCACGAAGAAGCUUGCCUCCGCAACCCACUAUUUGUGUGACCUUGGUCCAGGAACUGGACUGGGCUCUCCUCCUGAAAGUGGGUAAAUAAUGUCACCGACCUAAUGAGGCUGUUGAGGCAUGGAAUCUGAUCAGGCAGAUAAAGUGCCCCUGGCAAACCUCAAUUUUCUGUUUCUCAACAAAGCUUUGGCGAGUUAUAAGGAUUUGCGGGAAAGUGUCCAGAACCGGGAGUCAGGAGCCCUGACUUCUAGCCCUGAAGGGCCGCGUGACCUUGGCCAAAGCCCCUAAUCCUUCUCAGUCUCAGAUCCGGGGGCUGGAAACUGAGGAGGUUCUCCCGGCAAGCCCCUCGGGCUAGUGACAUUCUAAGAUUCCAAGAGCUAAGGAGCUAGAGGGGUGGGGUGGAGGAGGGAGGCGGGCGCGCCGGAUUGGCCUCUGCGCGCCACGUGUCCGGCUCGGAGCCCACGGCUGUCCUCCCGGUCCGCCCCGCGCUGCGGUUGCUGCUGGGCUAACGGGCUCCGAUCCAGCGAGCGCUGCGUCCUCGAGUCCCUGCGCCCGUGCGUCCGUGCGUCCGUCUGCGACCCGAGGCCUCCGCUGCGCGUGGAUUCUGCUGCAGAACCGGAGACCAUGGCCAAACCAGCACAGGGUGCCAAGUACCGGGGCUCCAUCCAUGACUUCCCAGGCUUUGACCCCAACCAGGAUGCCGAGGCUCUGUACACUGCCAUGAAGGGCUUUGGCAGUGACAAGGAGGCCAUACUGGACAUAAUCACCUCACGGAGCAACAGGCAGAGGCAGGAGGUCUGUCAGAGCUACAAGUCCCUCUACGGCAAGGACCUCAUUGCUGCUUUAAAGUAUGAAUUGACGGGCAAGUUUGAACGGCUGAUUGUGGGCCUGAUGAGGCCACCUGCCUAUUGUGAUGCCAAAGAAAUUAAAGAUUCCAUCUCGGGCAUUGGCACUGAUGAGAAGUGCCUCAUUGAGAUCUUGGCUUCCCGGACCAAUGAGCAGAUGCACCAGCUGGUGGCAGCAUACAAAGAUGCCUACGAGCGGGACCUGGAGGCUGACAUCAUCGGCGACACCUCUGGCCACUUCCAGAAGAUGCUUGUGGUCCUGCUCCAGGGAACCAGGGAGGAGGAUGACGUGGUGAGCGAGGACCUGGUACAACAGGAUGUCCAGGACCUAUACGAGGCAGGGGAACUGAAAUGGGGAACAGAUGAAGCCCAAUUCAUUUACAUCUUGGGAAAUCGCAGCAAGCAGCAUCUUCGGUUGGUGUUCGAUGAGUAUCUGAAGACCACAGGGAAGCCGAUUGAAGCCAGCAUCCGAGGGGAGCUGUCUGGGGACUUUGAGAAGCUAAUGCUGGCCGUAGUGAAGUGUAUCCGGAGCACCCCGGAAUAUUUUGCUGAAAGGCUCUUCAAGGCUAUGAAGGGCCUGGGGACUCGGGACAACACCCUGAUCCGCAUCAUGGUCUCCCGUAGUGAGUUGGACAUGCUCGACAUUCGGGAGAUCUUCCGGACCAAGUAUGAGAAGUCCCUCUACAGCAUGAUCAAGAAUGACACCUCUGGCGAGUACAAGAAGACUCUGCUGAAGCUGUGUGGGGGAGAUGAUGAUGCUGCUGGCCAGUUCUUCCCGGAGGCAGCGCAGGUGGCCUAUCAGAUGUGGGAACUUAGUGCAGUGGCCCGAGUAGAGCUGAAGGGAACUGUGCGCCCAGCCAAUGACUUCAACCCUGAUGCAGAUGCCAAAGCGCUGCGGAAAGCCAUGAAGGGACUCGGGACUGACGAAGACACAAUCAUCGAUAUCAUCACGCACCGCAGCAAUGCCCAGCGGCAGCAGAUCCGGCAGACCUUCAAGUCUCACUUUGGCCGGGACUUAAUGACUGACCUGAAGUCUGAGAUCUCUGGAGACCUGGCAAGGCUGAUUCUGGGGCUCAUGAUGCCACCGGCCCAUUACGAUGCCAAGCAGUUGAAGAAGGCCAUGGAGGGAGCCGGCACAGAUGAAAAGGCUCUUAUUGAAAUCCUGGCCACUCGGACCAAUGCUGAAAUCCGGGCCAUCAAUGAGGCCUAUAAGGAGGACUAUCACAAGUCCCUGGAGGAUGCUCUGAGCUCAGACACAUCUGGCCACUUCAGGAGGAUCCUCAUUUCUCUGGCCACGGGGAAUCGUGAGGAGGGAGGAGAAAACCUGGACCAGGCACGGGAAGAUGCCCAGGUGGCUGCUGAGAUCUUGGAAAUAGCAGACACACCCAGUGGAGACAAAACUUCCUUGGAGACACGUUUCAUGACGAUCCUGUGUACCCGGAGCUAUCCGCACCUCCGGAGAGUCUUCCAGGAGUUCAUCAAGAUGUCCAACUAUGACGUGGAGCACACCAUCAAGAAGGAGAUGUCUGGGGAUGUCAGGGAUGCAUUUGUGGCCAUUGUUCAAAGUGUCAAGAACAAGCCUCUCUUCUUUGCCGACAAACUUUACAAAUCCAUGAAGGGUGCUGGCACAGAUGAGAAGACUCUGACCAGGAUCAUGGUAUCCCGCAGUGAGAUUGACCUGCUCAACAUCCGGAGGGAAUUCAUUGAGAAAUAUGACAAGUCUCUCCACCAAGCCAUUGAGGGUGACACCUCCGGAGACUUCCUGAAGGCCUUGCUGGCUCUCUGUGGUGGUGAGGACUAGGGCCACAGCUUUGGCGGGCACUUCUGCCAAGAAAUGGUUAUCAGCACCAGCCGCCAUGGCCAAGCCUGAUUGUUCCAGCUCCAGAGACUAAGGAAGGGGCAGGGGUGGGGGGAGGGGUUGGGUUGGGCUCUUAUCUUCAGUGGAGCUUAGGAAACGCUCCCACUCCCACGGGCCAUCGAGGGCCCAGCACGGCUGAGAGGCUGAAAAACCGUAGCCAUAGAUCCUGUCCACCUCCACUCCCCUCUGACCCUCAGGCUUUCCCAGCUUCCUCCCCUUGCUACAGCCUCUGCCCUGGUUUGGGCUAUGUCAGAUCCAAAAACAUCCUGAACCUCUGUCUGUAAAA